AAUGCCUGGAUGUUUCGCGUUUUCCCCCACAACAUUAACGCCUCCGAUCGGCAGCUCAACACCAUUAUGUGGUGACUCUGAAUAACAAAUAACGUUCAACGACACUGACAAAAGAGGCGACCAAGAUGUCACUUUAUGUGGCCGUGGUGACACUUCUGGCAGUUGUUUAUGCAAAUUCGGCUUCAUCAGAUGAGGGCAUGGGUCUGUGUUAUCGCUGUCCGCUACAUCACCUUGAUGGCGACGAAGGCUCUGCAUACGCCUGGGUGAAGUCAUUCCUUCACGAGAUCAAGAGAAGAUGUCCUGGUCUUAAGACUACACCGAAAGGCACGCAGAGAUCUACCUCUGGCCGGACCACUAGCUCCGAAACUACAGCCACUUACCCAAAGACAUCGACCACUAACCCGAUGACAUCGACCACUGACCUUAUAAGUACGGUGAGUGAACCGUCAACCACGAAAAACAACCCUUCACCCAAGACCACCGAACCACCAACCUCGACGGUCAGCAAAACGCCAACUACGACCACGGACCCGCCAACUACGAGCACUGAGCCACCAACUACGACCACCGACCCGCCAACCACCACCACUGACCCGCCAACUACGACCACAGACCCGCCAACUACCAACAAAGACCCGCCAACUACGACCACGGACCCGCCGACCACCACCACUGACCCACUAACCACCAACAAGGACCCGUCAACUACGACCACUGUCCAGCCAACUACGACCAUCGACCCGCCAACUACGACGGUUCCACCAACUACACCCACUGAACCUACUACGACGACCACCAAGCCCGUAUACGUUGACUGCCAGGCCUUGCUCGACGCUGGUCACAACAAGAGUGGUGUAUACAAUAUCACCCCAUCUCAGUAUCCUGACGGCCUGGAGGUCUAUUGUAACAUGAAUACGAAAACUGAAAAGGGAUGGAUAGUUUUCCAGAGACGCGUGGACGACACGGUGAGUUUCAUCCGCAGCUGGGGCGAGUAUAGGGAUGGUUUCGGUGACAAGGAAGGGUCGUUCUGGCUGGGGAACGAGAUCCUCCGUCGUCUCACUGAACCCGUAGACGAGGAAUGGCAGAUGAGAGUGAGGCUAGAUGUGGCUGGUUCGCCAAACCACCAGUCUGGGGCGUAUAAUGAUUUCCGUGUCGAUGGAGAGAACUACACUCUUCAUGUUGGGGAAUUUAGCACUCUGAGCUCCCCGUAUGGUUUGAGUGACUGUCUGUCCCCUCCUCCCGGCGGUGAACCACCAUCCAACGGACAGCCCUUCACGACGUACAAUCAGGACAACGACGCCGAACCCGAUCUGAACUGCGCCGAUGAGUUGAAGGGAGGUUGGUGGUUCUAUCGAUGCACAUCUACAGGCUGGGGUGUCGGGCGGCGCAGUAACCUGAACGGCGAGUAUUCUCAGAUACCCCCAGCCGAUGAGUACGGCCGCGGCAUCGUGUGGAGCACCAUCUACCAGCAAAUAACGCGCACUGCAAUGAUAAUGCGUCGUGAUGAUUCCUCGUAAAUCAGAGCUUUAUAUCUAAAAUGUUUUGAAAGAAAGCACAUUAAUUUUGGGAAUAUUACCCAGAUUUAAAAAUCAAAUUAUAUUUUAAU